CUUUUCGAUCCGAUUCUGGGCUCUCCUACACUGUUCCUGGUCGGCGGUCAGUCGAGUGGGGGGCGGGGUAAUUCCAAAGAAGAGGCAGUGACAACCCCUUUCCCCCAACAAAAGGGGAAGAAGGGAGCUGAAGAGUUGGGACUCUAAACCACCAAGGGCUGGCGGGAGUGCAGUCGUCAUCGCCAUCACAGACGGCGACUCUAACAUUGCUAUCACCUUGGUUCGAGGCUGUAUUGUCCAUCCCGUAGAUAGUUUUCUGGACAGGGCGAGGAUGUCAGUGCGAGCGGGCAGCCAACUGCCAGGCUUUUCGGCAGACAACCGAGUGCAGCUGUCGGAGGGCCUCACGGUGGCCAUUGGAAGGGACCCUUUACACCCCGAAGUCCGCGUGCGAGAUCCAGGGGAGAUACACCUUCGGCAGCAGAGGAAGAAGCAUUGGAUCAAUGACUCCGGUCCUGAUGCAAAGCCGCCCAGUGGUGUUAUCGAGGCUUCGCAAGAUUCGACGUCGUUUUUGGACCACGUGGAAGAUGCCAGGCGCCGAUCCAAGCGCCUUCAUACCGAUCCGCUGGACAUGGAAGGGCCUGAGACAUUCUACGAGACGAGAAAAGCGAUGGCGUACACGCGGGAUUUGAAGAUAGACGACCCCAUGGGCGGCUUCAAGAGGGGCGAUACGGCGGCCUUGAAGCUGGAGGGCGGCCAGGAGGAGCAUGUCAGCAACCGUGGCGAUUCCGACUUCUGCGUCGUUCUCGGCAAGGUUUGGGAGCCUGGGCAUAUCGAGGUCAAGUUCUACAGCGACAACCAGGUGGCAGUGGUCAAGCCCGAGCACCUCGUCAAGAUAGACCGGGCAGACGUCAAGGCGCGCAAAUUGCGGCUCAGGAUGGUUGAUUGGCAAUUGGGUGGUGAAGCCAACCAAGGUGCACAGCGGCCCCCGCUGCGGUCCACGUCGCUCCCCGCGCUCGGCGCGGGGCCCCAGCGCCCCGGGCCGGGGCUGCGGAGGCGCGCCCCGGCGGGUCGGACGCCGGCGGCGGGCUGACCGUUGGCGGGCGGUGCAGGCCUCCAGCAUGGGGCCGCUGCCAUCGCUGGGGCGCCCAUGCCCCGUGGCACUGCUCGGUACCGUGUCUGCGGCUGUGCCUGGCUCUGCGCGUGGUUCUCGGGAUGGCCUCCGGGAUGCUCCGAGGUGGCCCGGGCGCUCUCUGGCGCUGGCCUCGCCGAGAGGCGUGCCCACGCCCGAGCGAUGCCAAGGGCCCGAGCAGCGAGGAGCAGCAGCAGUGCCAUGUGCAGAAGUUUUCGGAGGCCCGUGCGGAUCUCUUGGAUCGGCGCUGGAGAGCCCCCUGGCGGCGCCUCCCGCGCCGCCCCCGUCACGAUUUGUUCCCAGGGAGAGGUGGGGGUCGGAGGAUCGCGCCGCAUCGGAGGUGCAUCUCUGAUGCUCGAUGGGUGGUGAGAGUUGAGCGAUUCGCCUGCUCCGUGUUUUGAGGGUGGGAGCGCCGGGCGAAGUGCAACACUGGACGAGCACGCUCGCGAGCUCGUGCAACGCCCCCUCCGCUCCUGCCGCGGGGCCUUGUGUAGAAGGCCUCUGGCGCCCGCUCUGUCGGGUGAGUUGUCUUGGCCACCUGGCCUUCCACGAGAGCGCCAGUGGCCAUGGGCCUGGCUGUUCGUGCUGUCCUCCCCUUCCUCUUCCUCCUUUCCCCUCUGCCAUCAUCAUCGUCAUCUCUUUCUCUCUUCUUUCUCCUUCCUGCUCGCGAGCGAAAGUAUCGAAGACAUUGCUUUGCUGGCUCGCUCAUCCACCUUGUUUCCCUGCUAUUUUGUAGCUGUGCUGCCCCUUGACCCGACCGAACGGCGGUUGCAUCGAGGGUUUUUUUGUUGAAGGUAAUCGUUGACGUCAUGUCUUUCCACUGAUGCGCAGUUCGUCGAGUGACUGCGCCCGGUAUGCGUGCUGCAUACGGCUAUGCGCACGCUAGAAUCCUCUUGCAUUCAGCCCCUCCUCCUCCUCCUCCUUUUCCUCCUCCCGCCCCCGUCGCCCAGUCUGCAGGCCUGGCCCCCAACCUGUGCCGCCCGCUUGGCGACUAACGAAGUACCUGCCCGUGACUCGAAAUGUCAGACGAGGUAGUCCUUCUUUUCUGCCAAGAGUGUUAUCGGCACGACUCUGCGCCUCCAGGCCGUGCACACCCUCAGAAGAAGGAGGAGAGGAGGGAUGUCCACUAAGUCACCCCUCGUUGCCAGCCUUCACAGCGGCUGGCCGACUGGCCCGCUCAGCGGCCAGCCGAAGCGCCUCGCUGCACAGCCCCUCGGCUUGGCUGCGCGAGCUACAACCGAACGCUCGGAUAGGGAGGA